GUCACGUCCGCACUUGAACUUGCAGCUCAGGGGGGCUUUUGCCAUUUUUUCAUCUCUCUCUCUCUCUCUUUUCAAAAAAGCCAUGACGGCUAUCCCACAAUCCAUCUUCCCUGCGCCAUCUUUGUAUUAUUUCUAAUUUAUUUUGGAUGUCAAAGGCAUUGAUGAAGAUAUUUUCUCUGGAGUCUCCCUUCUAACCCGGCUCUCCCGAUGUGAACCGAGCUGAAAGCCACCACCAACCACCAUGUCUCGCCGCAAGCAAGGCAAACCCCAGCACUUAAGCAAACGGGAUUUUUCGCCCGAGCCUCUGGCCGCCGUUCUCCCGGAGGAGCAGCAGGAACAGCGGGGGCUGGUCCAGGUGACUCCGGAAGCAGACCAGGACCUCCUCACCUGUGGCCAGUGUCAGAUGAACUUCCCUCUGGGGGAUAUCCUGGUUUUUAUUGAGCACAAAAGGAAGCGAUGCAGUGGCAGUAUGUGCAUGGACAAAGCUGUGGAUAAACCCCCCUCGGUCUCGCCCUCGCGCGGGCAGCUUCGGAGAACCUCCAACCCCGUGGAGGUGGGCGUUCAGGUCACGCCGGAGGACGACGAUUGUUUGUCGACGUCCUCCCGAGGAAUUUGUCCGAAACAGGAAAACAUAACAGGUAAAGAUGAGCCCAGCAGCUACACCUGCACCACCUGCAAGCAGCCGUUCGGCAGCGCGUGGUUCCUGCUGCAGCACGCCCAGAACACGCACGGCUUCCGCAUCUACCUGGAGAGCGAGCACGGGAGCCCCCUCACGCCCCGCGUGGGCCCCCCGCCCGGCAUGGGGGCCGACUGCCCCUCCCAGCCCCCGCUGCACGGCCUCCACCUGCCCGACGGCAGCCCCUUCAGCCUCCUGCGUCUGCCGGGCUCCAUCUCGGGCCGGGAGGGCCCGCCUCCGCCCAUGCCGGGGGCCCUGCGGGACGGCCGCUUCCCACCCACGCCCCCGCUCUUCAGCCCCCCGCCCCGGCACCACCUGGACCCCCACCGCAUGGAGCACCUGAGCCCCGAGGACCUGGCCCUGGCUCCCCACCACCCGAGUGCCUUCGACAGGGUGCUGCGGCUCAACCCCCUCCCCCUCGACCCCCCCGCCAUGGACUUCUCCCGCCGGCUGCGCGAGCUGGCGGGGAACACUUCCGGGUCGACCCCUCCGCUCUCGCCCUCCCGGCCCAGCCCCAUCCAGAGGCUCCUGCAGCCCUUUCCCUCCGGGGCCAAGCCCCCCUUCCUGACCACGCCGCCCUUACCCGCCAUGCAGUCGCCCUCCGGCUCGCAGACCACGCCCACCCAGCCCCGGCCGCCCCAGCCGGCCACACCCCACAAGAGCAAGUCGUGCGAGUUCUGCGGGAAGUCCUUCAAGUUCCAGAGCAACCUGAUCGUCCACCGGCGGAGCCACACCGGCGAGAAGCCCUACAAGUGCCACCUGUGCGACCACGCCUGCACCCAGGCCAGCAAGCUGAAGCGCCACAUGAAGACCCACCUGCACAAGUCCUCGCCCGUCACCGUCAAGUCUGACGACGGCCUCUCCACCACCAGCUCCCCCGAGCCGGGCACCAGCGACCUCCCGGGCAGCGCCAGCAGCGCCCUGAAGUCGGUGGUGGCCAAGUUCAAGAGCGAGAACGACUGCGCGCUGCGCCAGAACGGGGAGGAGGAGGAAGAGGAGGAGGAGGAGGAAGAGGAGGAGGAGGAGGAGGAGGAAGAGGAGGAGGAGGAGGAGGAGGACGAGGAGGAGCUGGAGAGGGAGAGGGAGAGGGAGAGGAACAGGAACAGCUUCCGCUUCGGGCUGAGCCUGGAGGCGGCGCGGCACCACGAGAACAGCGGGGGCCGGGGCGGGGCGGAGGGGGAGGGCAUCCCGCGCUCGCUGCCCGAGGUGAUGCAGGGCAUGGGGCUGGCAGCCAGCAUGCAGCACUACAGCGAGGCCUUCCGCCAGCACAAGCGCAGCGCCCUGGACUCCAACAGCCAGGCCCACCGCGACCUGUGCGACCACGACCGCGCCCUGGAGUCGGACCGCGUGGACGAAGGCUGCGGCUCGGCCGUCAACGGGCGCGGCUCGUCCCCCAGCGAGUCCGCCUCGGUCGGCCUGUCCAAGAAGCUCCUCCUGGGCAGCCCCAGCUCGCUCAGCCCCUUCUCCAAGCGCAUCAAGACGGAGAAGGACUUCGACCUGCCCACGCCCACCAUCCCCAACUCGGAGAACGUUUACUCCCAGUGGCUGGCGGGCUACGCCGCGUCCCGCCAGCUCAAGGAGCCCUUCCUGAACUUCGGGGACUCCAGACAAUCGCCCUUCGCCUCGUCCUCGGAGCACUCGUCGGAGAACGGGAGCCUGCGCUUCUCCACGCCGCCGGGCGAGCUGGACGGAGGGGUGUCGGGCCGCAGCGGGACGGGGAGCGGGGGCUCCACGCCGCACCUGGGCGGGCGGCCCAGCUCCAAGGACGGCCGGCGGAGCGACACCUGCGAGUUCUGCGGCAAGGUGUUCAAGAACUGCAGCAACCUGACAGUGCACCGGCGCUCCCACACGGGCGAGCGGCCCUACAAGUGCGACCUCUGCAACUACGCCUGCGCCCAGAGCAGCAAGCUCACCCGCCACAUGAAGACGCACGGCCAGGUGGGCAAGGACGUUUACAAAUGUGAAAUCUGCCAGAUGCCUUUUAGCGUGUAUAGCACCCUGGAGAAACACAUGAAAAAAUGGCACAGCGAUCGCCCUUUGAGUAACGACAUUAAAUCUGAAUAGAGGACCGUGUCUGCCCGAAAAACUGUCCCCUGUAGAUCCCCCCCCCCCCCCACACCUCUUUUCACGAGUCCAGUGGAAGCUAAGACACCGUGCUUGGCACCAGCACAUCCUGUUUAUUUUACCGUUGAAUGCAUGAUCUGUAUCGGGGGCAAUACUAUUGCAUUGACGCAAAACUUCGAGCCUUUCUCUUGUGCAAUAAUUUACAUGUUGUGUACCUUUUUUCUUUUUUCUUUUCUUUUUUUUUUAAAUAAUUAGACGGCAUGCGUGGUAUGUUUUGGCUAAUUUUUAAAAAAAGAAAUUGUCCCUGGUUGGUUAGUUGUUGCGUAAAUGUGUUGCUGUUUUCUUGUUAUGUUUUAUUUUUAAAAAAAAGAAAGAAAAAAUGACCAUGCUGCAUACGUUCUGUAAAACAUAUCAUGUACAGUUUUGUGUUGUAACAUGGAGGACAACAGUCUUGCUUAACCCGCUGCGGACGGGCUGGGAAUCGCACUUAAACCGAUCUUUCAAAAAGAUGUUCUGUCUACAAAGGGUUAAAAAUAUCAAUUGGCAUAAUUAAUAAAUAUGAAGCAGUGACGGCCUUUGAAUUUCUUAAAAGAAAAUAGUCAUUAAAAUUUGAAUUUGUACUAUCAUUUGGUAAAAACAAAAAAAAGAGUGCCUUGGAUAUCUUGAAACUGCAUUGGUUAAUCUUCCUAUUUGCUAUAAGCUUGGAGUCUCAGCUAGAUACUGGAAACGGAUCUAAACGAUUCAUCAAGGUUCUUGCAUCAAGCACCUGACCGCUAUAGUCAACUGUGACUUAAGAAAAAUAAGAUAUUAAUAAAGAAGCAAAGGACAUUUCUAGUUAAUCAUCAUUUAGCUACCUAUUACUUGUGUAUUUUUGAAUUGCGACUGUUUACUUGCCCGAUAUGUUCUGAAUUGUGUGGGCUUUUUUUUUAAAGCUUUUGGUUGUCUGGUACUGUACACAGUGGUACUAUUCCUCGAUCCAUAAUCUUAAGCUUUUGUCAUUUUUGUUUUGCUGUUGAGGUUUUUUUUUUUAAAUAUAGUAGCACAAAACUAUGCUGUUGACGCUUGGACAUUGGCCCAAGCAGUGGUAAAGGCACUUAUAAAAAAAUCGAGGGCAUUUAUUUCAAGCUGCGUUUAUUUGGGUGUGGAGGAGAGAGAAAAGUUGGGUCUGUCUCUCAGGUUUGAUACACAAGAAUGCUUCGGAACUUGUUUUGUUUUUAACCUGUCGGUGAUGAUUAACUAUAAAUUGCCUAAGAAAAGGAAAUGGAAAAAUAUUCUAAAGUUGCAGUACCUACGCCUGUGCUCCCUAAAACAGAAAAAAGAUGGAAAGAUUAAUAAAAACGGAACAGUUUUUUUUAUUUCUCAUACACUGUGUGCUAUUUGUGUUGACAUUAAAGGAGACGACUUUUCAUUGUUGAGUUAUAGCAUUCGCCCCAAUUAAUAGCACUUAUCACUCUUCCUCAGUGUGUGUGUCCGUUUCAUUAAUCGGAGGUACAGUGGUUGAGUAUAAAUUUAAGACUGCUCGUUUAUAGGACAAAAAAAAAUGCACUGUUUCAAUUUUCCCAGUUUACAGGUAUACACUUAAGGGAAAACUUUCUAUAAUGCUGAUGAAAGAAUAUAUGGUGUCAUUGUUUAGCGUAGAGUAUAGAAAAUGCGUUGCCAGCCAUUUUGUCCCCAGAAACCCGUGCUGUUGGCUACCAGUGCUGUGAGCGGGCAUAAGCUUCCCUGCAAGAGAACCAACGAGUGAAACUUGCUGCUUACACUGCAAGAAUUUUUUUGUACAAAAAUUUUGUUUUUUAAUUUAACUAUAAAAAUGACUUUUUUAAAUAACACUUCAUUCUUUAGGGGGAACAGUAUUUAAGUUUGUUGAUGUUUUUCUUUCCUCUCUGUCUUGAUGAUGUUCAAGACUUGAUCACAAUAUAUAAAUAUAUAUAUAUAAAAUGGGAAAAAAAUCUGUGAUGAAUUUUUUAAUUUUUAAUUUUGUUUUUUGUCUUGGCUAUUCACAGCUCUUCAGGUCGAAUAAAACUUGCAUUGGGGAAAGGUUUAAGAUUAUAUAUAAAUAUAUAAUAGAGAACUUAAAUAUAGGAAAAUGCACACUCAUGUCAAUUCCUAUGCUAAAACACAUUUAUGGUCUACUUUUUUCUGUAUUUCUAGAAUGGUAUUUGAAUUAAAUGUUCACCUAGUGUAGGCACAAUAGUAUUUAUAUUGAAGCUUGUAUUUUUAACUGUUGCUUGUUCUCUUAAAAGGUAUCAACGUACCUUUUUUGGUAGUGGAAAAAAACAAGCUGCCACAGUAUAUUUUUUUAAUUUGGCAGGAUAAUAUAGUGCGAAUUAUUUGUAUGUUUAAAAAAAAAAAGAAGUAAAAUAAAAUAAAAAAAAAUGUGGCAUUGUACAGGUGAGGCCAUGUAAUGGUCUCCGGGGAAAUUCUUUCAGAAUGUCCACACUAGCUGAAACAGGUGGUUGUACAUAUCUCUUUCUUUAUUAUCCUUUCUCUGCUGCCAUUCUGUACGCAGUAAUGCAAGCUGAUGUCGGGUUGUUCUUUUGUGUGCUUCUCUGUCACUCCACCUCCGUCACCUGACCACAUUCCAGCAUCGUAAUGAAAACUUCAUAUGCAGUAAAUAAAAAAGUAAAUAAGUAAAUAAAUGAAUACAAAAAAAAUCAAUGUUUUGCAGGUUUUUUUUUUCAUUGCCAAAUAAUAAAUGGUGCUUUAUAUUUAGAUUGGGAAGAAUUUCAUAUGCAAAGCAUAUUUAAAAGUGAAAUGGAGACCCUGGGAGAGCCCGCUUGAGUUGAUACUUUUUUGUAAAUGGCAAUGCGGACAUUUUGUUAUCGCCCUUUUUCUAUUCCAGUUCUGAAAGCUGUUUGUUGUAACUUGAACUUGAACUUUGUCUUUUACAAUGGGAGUCACUAUUUAUUAUUACUUAUGUGCGCUGUUCAAAACGGAGGCACAGAAAUGGAUCGUUUUUAUUUUUUUCCUUUUUAUUUUGUUUAUUAUUUUCUUUUUUUUUAAAUAAUGACCAAAGGUCAUUGAAAACCUAGCUAUUUUGUUGUAUUUGUUUCUGGUCUAUGUUAAGUUCUAUUGGAGAUACCACUGUCUGUGUUUCUGGCAGUUGUCUGCAUUACCCUGUUCACACACCCAUUUUGUCCUUUAUUGAAGAACAAUUAAUAAAAAACUCAAAGUAUA